AUGUCCUGUGCUGGCUGCUCUUCCAGUCCUCGCUCAACCCCUCCCUUCACCUAUUAUUUCUUCUCCUCUCAUCCCCGCUUCUUCUUCCCCUCCCUCUGUCCUCCCGCUCCCCUCCCCUCUUCCCCCCUCUCCUCGGCCCCACAUCACGUCGCUGCCGAAGCUCCACUCACAGCCAACACCCUCGGAAGCAUCAGGGUCAGACCCAGCCACUCCGCCUGUCGAUUGGCCUUCAGAGCCUGCUGCUCCGCCUUCGCUCCCUCUGGCCCCACCGCUCCCUCCACCCCCUCCGCCCCCUCCACUCCCUCCGCUCCCAUUCCCUUUCCCUGCGCCGCUCCCCGUCCCACCCCCCCUCGCCUGCGCCGCUCCCCGUCCCACCCCCCUUGCCUCCGUCACUCCCCGUCCCACCCCCCUUGCCUGCACCACUCCCCGUCCCACCCCCCUUGCCUGCACCACUCCCCGUCCCACCCCCCUUGCCUGCACCACUCCCCGUCCCACCCCCCUUGCCUGCACCACUCCCCGUCCCACCCCCCUUGCCUGCGCCACUCCCCGUCUCAUCCCCCUUGCCUACGCCACUCCCCGUCCCACCGCCCUUGCCUGCGCCACUCCCCGUCCCACCCCCCUUGCCUGCCCCACUCCCCGUCCCACCCCCCUUGCCUGCGCCACUCCCCGUCCCAUUCCCCUUGCCUGCACCGCUCCCCUUACCGUUCCCCCCACCCGUUCCUAUCCCUUUCCCCCCGCCCGUCCCCGUCCCCUUUCCCGCGCCCGUCCCAGUUCCUUUCCCCCCACCCGUUCCCGUCCCUUUCCCCGCGCCCGUCCCUGUUCCUUUCCCCGCGCCCGUCCCCGUUCCUUUCCUCGCGCCCGUCCCUGUUCCUUUCCCCGCACCCGCCCCCGUCCCUUUCCCCACUCCCGCCCUGGUUCCGUUUCCCGCGCCUGUUCCCUUUCCCUUUCCUGUGCCUUUCCCCGCUCCUUUUCCCGCGCCCGUCCCCGUACCUUUCCCCGCGCCCGUCCCCGUACCUUUUCCCGCGCCCGUCCCCGUACCUUUCCCCGCGCCCGCUCCCGUUCCUUUCCCUGUGCCUGUCCCCGUACCUUUCCCCGAGCCCGUCCUGGUUCCAUUCCCCGCGCUCGCUCCCUUUCCCGUGCCUUUCCUGUCAGUAG